AUGGAGGAGGAGACGUUGCGCCUGCAGUUCGGCUCGGCCGCCACGACGAUCGGCACCCAGUGGCUGGCGCUGCAGCAGGCCAACGAGAGCUCCAAGACGCCCCAUGUGCUGGCGUUCGAAGCCAAAGGCCGCGUGCGCAGGCAGCUCCGACCAACGCCACAGCAACAGGAAGACCCAGCAACGUGGGGUGGAGGUGUGCAGGUGUACGACCAAUCAGGGGUUGAACCCGUGACGGGGUCACAGCAGGACGGACUGUGGAGCUGGGGCAGCCUCAAUGAGCGGAACCUCGUGGAGGUGGACGAGUUCCGGCUGCACAUGCCGCUGCACAAUUUCUACGAGGGCCACGCCGUCUCCAACGGCGGAAUCAUCGGCAACGCGACGCUGGAGGACGCCGAGGACCGCGUGCGGGCGGUGCUCGAGUCCUGCGACCAGCUGAGGCUCGUGCAGGGCCUCGUGGACAUGGACUCAUCCUGGGGCGGACUGGCCCACGAGAUGAUGACGUACGUUGCCGAGGAGUGCCCCGGCGCGGUGAUUGUGGUGGUGGGCAACGACUGGAGCUACCCCAUGGCUACGGACGACGACGACGCGGUGUUUCGCGUCGCGCCGCACGUGCGCGACCGCACCAAGAUCGAGGGACGGAAGAGGAUCAACGUGGCGUCGUCAGUCGCGCUACUGUCGGAGAUUUCCGGCCUCCUGGUGCCCGUCGCGAUGUCGCCCAGCACUUUGCCAAGCACUCGGUUCUCGCAGCUCAGAGUUGACCGGUCGAACUGUGCCCAAGUCAGCUCUGUAGUCGCCACGGCGCUGAAACUCGCCAUGCCAGGCAGCAGAGGGCGGUCGGUGAACGAGAUCCUGGAGGGCUUCCAACCCAGCAUGAAAAUCGCCGAGUUGGCCGCGUCGUUCCCGCACACGAGUGACCCGACCACCCUCCUGCAGCGAAUCAGCGACAGCGCAACAGCCGAAGUCGGCCGCAGCAGCUCGUCGACUGAAGACCCGUUCUACUCUAGCUCGCUGCUCCCCGUCCUCCCGCAGCUUACCACCCGCAAGUUCGACGACGAAAACCCCAGCUUCAAGACGCACUACCGACGCCUCCACUUCCGAGGAGCUUUCGCCAACUCCCCGUCCCUGCGUCACUCCAUCGACAGAUUCCCCGUGUCACCCCGCGACAUUACGCUGCAAUGGUCCCAAGCUUCGCCGCUUCUGUUGCCUGAUACCUACCGCCUUCCGUCAUUGGCAGGCACGUCGAUCGACGCGGUGUCACAAUUGGCGUCGAGCUCCGAGGUCGGCAACUACCUGUCGACAUUGGCGCAAAGGGUGGAGAAGAGCGACAAACGCACACUGUACGAGUUCACGCGCGCCGCUGACCUUAUCAGAAACCCAAGCAGCGACAAAGUGAAGAAAAACGGCCCGCCCUGCAACAAGGGGCACCCCAAGAGCACGUUUAGACUAAUCAUGUUCGGCGGCGCAGUGCGUGCCACUUCGAGGCGCGGGGAGGGAGCGCUGUCCUUCAGCAGCCGACGCAGCGUCGAGGAGGACUCGUGGACGGAGGUGGAGCGCCAGGAGCUCGACCAUGCAACGUCGUACGUGUCAGAGAGUAUGUAUCUGGUCAUGGAAAACCCCGCGGGCGCCCUCUAUAUGGGCGAGACCGUGCACUUUAAGGUGCACGCACUGUGUGACCAGUCCACUCUGGGGAGAGUGGCAGGGGUCACUGGCAACAAAAAAUCCUCUAAAGAUGACGACGACGACGUGAUGCAUGGAACGCUCUUCCUCACCAGCUACAGACUGCUCUUCCGCUCUUUCCAGCAACACCACGAGGAGUUAGUGGAAGUUCACUUAAACAACAUUGCCGAGCUGGCUGAGUUCCGGGUGAACGGCAAACUGGGUCCCAUGAGUCAGCUGGAAGUUUCGUGCAAAAACUUUGAGCUGGUCAAGUUCAACUUCCCUGGAGAGGCCGUGUCUAGGGACGUUUACGUGAAGAUCAACCAGAUGCUCAUCGACAAGUUGCAGCCUGCUGCGUAUGCGUUUGCUCGCCAGCCAGACACGUCGGGGUGGGCGGCGUACGACCCGCAGGCGGAGUUCACUCGACUGGGCUUCAAGACGCCGAAAACCGGCGCACAAAUCGGAGGGUUCCGGAUUACGCACGUGAACAAUAGCUACAAGAUGUCGCCGACGUACCCCAGCGCCUUCGUGGUGCCCGCCUCCGUGUCGGAUGGGGAGUUGAGGAAAAUCAGUUUCUUUCGAGCGCGUGGGCGCGUGCCGGCGGUGACGCACCGACACAAGAAUGAUGCAGUGGUGGCGAGGUGUGCGCAGCCUCUUGUGGGUCUCAGGAGGAAGAGAUGCACCUCGGACGAAGCCUACAUGGCCGCACUGCGAAGAGAGUGCAAGGGGAAGCUGUUGUUUAUCGACUGUCGAAGUCAGACCAGUGCGUACGGGAAUAUCGCGCUGGGCGGAGGGUUUGAAGUGCUGGAUUACUACAAGGAUACCAACAUCAUGUUCAUGGGUAUCGAAAACAUUCACUCGAUGCGAGAUUCGAUCCGCAAGCUCUUCGAUCUAAUCAAGAACGAAGUGCGCGGCAACGAACGGCCCAACUGGCUUUCGUGCCUUGAGAGCACGAGAUGGCUGGAGCACGUGCGCUCCGUCUUGGUGUCGUGUUCCAUUUGCGUGUCAAAGCUCGUGGAAGGUACCAGCUUGAUGAUCCACUGCUCCGAUGGAUGGGACCGCACUGCUCAGAUCACAGCGCUGGUCAAGCUGUGCGUAGAUCCAUUUUAUCGAACAGUCAAGGGCUUCCAGGUGCUGAUUGAGCAGGAGUGGUGUGCAUUUGGACACCAGUUCCGCGCUCGAUCGGGGCACACAGACACCCAAGCAGCGUACUGGGAGGACGACAACACGUCCCCAGUGUUUAUGCAGUUCGUGGAUGCUGUGUGGCAACUGAUGCGCCAGUUCCCAUGCUCCUUCGAGUUCAACGAGCGCUAUCUCAUCGCACUUCUCGACGAAGCUGGCGACUUCCGAAAUCCUUUCUACAUGGUACCGCUUCGUGGCGAGGCCUCAAGCGACAGAUCUCCGACAGUGCUGCAGUUCAAGUGGCACACGAGCUCGCUGGCGAUCUGGACGGCGUUCUACCUGCGCGCGCUGGAAUCGAAUGACUCUCGGGACGCAUGGGCGAAGGAGUUGCAAGUCACUCAGCGCGAGCUCCAGGACCAGCUCAGCGUCGCUCACCAGCAACUCCAGAGUCAAGUGGAGCAGAACUCGGACCUGCAGAGCGAGCUGGAGAGGCUACGUCGCGAGAGCGCGCAGCUGCAUCGACUGCUCGAGGGCGAAGUGUACAGCGACACGAUGAACGGCGUGUUGGUGCACGAGGAAGAGGACGACGAGGACGCAGUGCUGCUGAGUGUGACCCCCGUCGGAGAGAGCCGCACCACGCUGCAACCCUCGUGCAUCGACGGUGACACGGCCACGCCAGGGGCCAGCGAGUCCAAGGUGUUUUCGACCACGGGCGUGGGCUGCUUCCUCGGCGGCUCGAUGAGUCAGGACUUUGAGAUCCUGCAGUCGUACUUCGACCCCAAGCGCCACGAAACUCGAUCUCUGGACCCCACAGUGGCAACUGGCAAUGGAUUUAACGACCUCUUCCCGCGAAGGACAGUAGAGGAAGUCGUGCGGUGA